AUGUCCAUGGACGCCGCGGAUCCGAAGAGCGCGGGAUGGCUCUCGCGCCUCGGCGCGGGGCUCGCGAAGUCGUUCAACGAGGGCCUCGACUAUCUCGCGGGCGUAGAAGACCCGGACGAGUUUGAACGCAAAGACGCGGGCGACGGCGCGGACGACGCCGAGCCGGACGAGACCGCGAGCGAGCGGAAGGCGCUCUGGUCGCAGCUCAAGGGAAUGAUGGGUGCGGACGUCAUGUCGCUCCUCUCCGUGCCCGUGUUCAUCAUGGAGCCGCUCACGACGCUUCAAAAGAUGGGAGAGAUCAUGCACUACUGCGACAUCUUAGACCGCGCGUGCGAGGAAGAGGACGAGCACGCGCGCCUGGCGCUCAUCGCGACGCUCGCCAUCUCCACGUACUCGUGCUCCGAGCGCACGAAGAAGCCGUUCAAUCCGAUCCUCGGCGAGACGUGGGAGAUGGCGCUGCCCAACGUGGACGGGCACUACGUCGCCGAGCAGGUGUGCCACCACCCGCCGAUCGGCGCCGGGCACGCGGAGACGCCGAAGUGGACGUACGACAUCACCUCCGCGGUGAAGACGAAGUUCAUGGGGAACUGGGUGGACAUCUACCCGCUCGGACGGACGCGCAUCGUGCUCAAGCGCACGAACGAGGCGUUUAACAUCAUCACCCCGACGACGCGAAUCAACAACAUCAUCGUCGGCAGAACCUGGAUGGACUCCUUCGGGGAGCUGAAGGUGUGCAACCUCACCACGGGCGCGAGCGCGGUGAUCAAGUUCAAGGAGUGCGGCCUCCUCGGCGGAGGACGAUGGGAGGUCUCCGGGGAAAUUUUGAACGCCGCGGGGGAGCCGCGGAUGUCGCUGAGAGGGAAGUGGAACGAAAAAGUCGAAGUCACGCGCCCCGCCGGCGGCGGCACCGAGACGCUGUGGACGAAGCUCCCGAUGCCGACCGACGAUAACCCGUACGGGUUCACGGAGUUCACGCGCGCGUGCAACCUCAUGUCCACCGCUCCGCCGGGGCUGCUCGCGAGCGACUCGAGGCUGCGGCCGGACCGCGUCGCGUUGGAGGAGGGCGCCAACGCCGAGGCGGGCGCGGCGAAGCACGCGCUGGAAGAGAUGCAACGCGCGGAGCGUCGCCGACGCGACGCGGCGGGGACGACGUGGACGCCGCGGUGGUUCGUCAAGUCCUCGAACGCGGAGCUGCACGACCUCGAGAAGGACAUCGGCACGGACGUGUGGGAGAUCAAGCCGGAGUAUCGCGAGUCGCUGACGCGUCGUCUCGCGGAGAAGAACGGCGCGGGCGCGGGCGCGGCGAGCGUCGACGACGUCGCGUUCGACCCGUGGGAGUUUCCAGACACGGCGAAGAUGCAGGUGGCGGCGGCGUCGUCGUCGUCGUCGGCGGCGGCGGGGCCGGAGGAUGCGACGACCGCGGGCGCGGGGUCGGACGUCGUCGCGAAGGAGUGA